UCCAGCUGGCUCUUACGGUUUGUUUUCAAAUAAGAAAGAGACCAAUUCUAUGUUGCACUCACAAACGCCCUCGAUUCUCUCAGUUUCUCUUCGUCCAAGGAAGAAGAUGACUGGUGCCAACGCAGCUUCUGGUGAUGAAAAUAGUUCGGACAAGAAGAUUCAUGGUGACAUCGAUGUGAGCAAAGUCAAAGCACCAAACAUGUUCGAACGUGCCAAAGAGGAGUUCGAUGCAGUUAUUGGGGUGAUUCAUCAACACAAGAGUUCCAGGAACGAAUCUGAUAAAAUGGAAUUCGAAUCCGAGAAAACAGAAGAUACAAAGAAGAAACGGGAUGUGAUAAGAAAGGCUAAGGAAGAAAUCAAAUCUCUAUUUCAUUCAAAGGAGAAACCUCAUGGCCACCACCAUCAUGAUCACAAAGAAACUCGUACAAGGAGUGAUGAUAUCGAUGAGAACACACAUGUGGAUGAAGUGAAGGCUCCCAAUGUUUCCGAGAGAGUAGAGGAAGAGAUGGAGGCCGUCGUCGUCAUCGACACCAUCCAUCCCAAGAAUAAUGAGACUGACGGUUCUGAUUAUCCUAAGGAUUCUAGGUCUGUCUCACCGGAGAAGGAAAGAGCUGGAUUCGGAUGCUCUCUUGGAAAGUGGCUUGAAAAGAUUUGUGCUCCUUGGGGUGAUAACAAAAAAGAUUGAGUUAUUCAUGUGCUUGAUGAUGAUCAUGAACUUGUUUGCUAUUUGUCCGAUGAUAAAGUGUGGUUGAGUUUCAAUGAGUUUUUUUUUUUCAAUUUGUAGUUACUGAAUUGCUACCUUAUCAGAUUAUAAAGCUCGUUUUAUUCA